GCGCUUUCAGCUUUCAAUGACUUAAACCACUUCCUGUUGAAUUAAUAAGACCGACCGUGUGCUGUGUGUACCUGGAGUGGAAACCAAGAGACUGUCUUGAAACACAGUAACAAUGAACGUGGAACAUGAGGUGUCCCUAUUAGCUGAUGAAAUCCGUCGACUUGGCAGUCCAAAUGCUGAUGGCAAAAUCAGUGUUAAGUUUGGAGUUCUGUUUAAUGAUGACAAAUGUGCAAACCUCUUUGAAGCUCUAGUGGGGACCCUGAAAGCGGCCAAGCGCAAGAAGAUCGUUACUUUUCAGGGGGAGCUUCUUUUACAAGGUGUCCAUGAUAAUGUAGAUGUUGUAUUGCUCCAAGACUGAGGAGGUCACCUGCUGGAAAAAUUGCAAUCUACUGACUUGAUUUAAAGUCAAGGUUUACAUUGCAAGUCAGAAGUCACAAUAACUAAGAAUGUUGUUCAGAUGUUUUGUAAAUUUCUAGAACCACUCCUAUUAAUGUUGCAAAUUCCAUUUUUCUAUUGCUGAAUUAAAAUGUUUUCUCAUUGAAAUAAAUGUUUUAUACAAGGCACAUAUAGUUGGAAAACGGAGACAGAUUCAGAUAUCGAAAGCUUAUUUAUGUGAGAGAGAGCAAAUAUCACACACUUAAUCCCCAUCAAUAUCAUCCCUAUCUGGUUGUUUUUGCUGCUUCCUAUUACUACCUCUCAUGCAUAUUUUAUAGGCUAUUAAUUUUUACUGUUUUGCAUAGGUUUCCAAAUAGAAAAUGAGGCAGGGAAAUAUUAAAAAUGAAUAAUAUCAAACAUAACGUAUAUCAGGUUGUUUGUUUUUUUUCAAGUACUGUAUUUGCCAGCACUUAAACAAUGGAGUAAACUUACUAGUGUACUGAAAUCCAAAUAACUUAUUGUAGAAUUACAUGGUCACUCUUACAAUACAGUGCUGUAUUUUAAAUUGCCCAUAAGGUGAUAAGGAAGCACAUAAUAUGUUUAUUAAAUGUUUUCUCAGGUCUAAAUUCUUCACUUUAAAGGUGCCAAAUUUAAAUUCUUCAAAGGUCAUAAAAUAGUAAUACAAUUUAUUUCAAAUAUAAAAUCUCCAGGAUAUGGAGAAUAUGUUUACGGGUUUGUUGUUGAGGUUUAGGACCUUCCACUUUUAGAACGAUUUGAAAAAAAUAAAUGUUAUUUGUAUUACAGCUCACUUACAAUCAAAAAAUCAUUUUGGGUACGUACAUACAAAAUAUUGCUCUUUCUUUGAAAAAAGCUGAUGUAUUACAGUACAUAUUCAAAACUUCAGUUAACAUGAAUGGUAAAUUACUUUAAGAAGAUAUUGGUUUAGAUGCAUCAUGCGCAUUAACACGUGUUAAUUACAAUCAUUUAUUGCAUGCAUGUCAUAAGAAAUGUGGAGAGCAAUACUGUGUUCAGGGCAUACCAUAUUAACAUGAGUGUUUUCCACAUGUUACAUGAAUUUCCUUCAGAUAAUGUUAUGUCUUCUAAAUGGAACUGUGUUGUGAUAUCAAUAUUCCUACCUCUGUCACAGAAAUCAUAUCCACAAAUCUCAUGGAGUACUUUGAAGGUUGUUUUUUGUAUGCCUGUGCAUGUGAAGGUGUGUAGUGGGAACAAGAAAUUAACACAACAGUUCAGGGACCUGCAGUGCGUAGUGCUUUCUGUUUCUGGCCAAUGUGUUUUUUUUGUGUGGAAAACUGUUACUCUGUCAAUCUGUGCAAUUGAGGUCAACAGCACUGGAAGACCAAUGUACUGUAUGUUGCUGUCUUAUAAUGAAUGCUUGUUUUAAAGAAAUUGAUAUUAUAAAGUGAUAUUUCAUUUUGAGUCAUCACGUCAAACAUUUUGUAUUAGCAAUAAAGUAUCUGCAAUGAAGCAGUGGGUCACACAUAAUAAAAAUAAUUUAAAUAUUA